UGAAACAUAGAAGCUUCAUGGUCAAGGAAAGACGGGCCCUUCUUUUUUGCAGGAAAAAGCUCAAAAAGGUGGAGUCUGAUUUUGUUAGGUUUCUUGGACUUGUUUAAAAAUAAAAUUGGCUGGAUUUUCCAGAAAUGGAUAAUUUAUCGUCGAACUCGGAGGAGAGUUAUGAUCAAGAAACAGAUGAAUCCCCCAGAGUAACAGCGGCAUUGAGUGGGGAUUCUUCUUUCGGGUAUUGCAGAACAAAUUCAGAGACCUCGACAGAUGAUAAUGGCGGUUCUGGGACAUCGUCCCCUGUGAUAUUUCCGCUCUUCAAAUCCCCAAUCCGUAACGCCCUUUCACGGCUUGGAAUUAGACAUCACAAGAACACUGCAGAUGAUCCUGAGACAGUUGAUUUAGAGAUGGAAUUGAUGAAGGAAAGGUUUUCAAAGCUGUUGUUGGGAGAAGACAUGUCUGGAAGUGGUAAAGGGGUGUCUACAGCACUAACAAUCUCAAAUUCCAUUACUAAUCUUUUUGCUUCUGUUUUUGGUCAGCACCAGAGAUUGGAACCUUUAAAUGUUGAUAAGAAGUUAAUGUGGAAGAGAGAAAUGAAUUGUCUUCUCUCUGUCUGCGACUACAUAGUAGAAUUUUUUCCUACUUCACAGAAGUUACAGGAUGGCACCACUAUUGAGGUGAUGACAAGUAGGCCAAGAUCAGAUAUCUACAUGAAUCUUCCAGCAUUGAGAAAACUGGAUAACAUGCUCUUGGAGAUUUUGGACAGUUUUGAAACAACUGAGUUUUGGUACACAGAGAAAGGAAGCAUGUCAGGGAACUCAAGGCGGCAUGGAUCAUUUAGAAGGGUAAUUCAACCUCAACCUCAAAGGAAUGAGGAAAAGUGGUGGUUGCCAGUUGUUUGUGUUCCGAUAUGUGGGUUAUCUGAGAAGUCAAGGAAGAAUUUGAGGCACAAAAGCAAAUGUGCUAACCAGAUUCACAAAGCAGCAAUGGCCAUUAACAGUAGCAUUCUUUCUGAUAUGAAAAUCCCCGAUUCUUACGUUGCCUCACUUCCAAAGAGUGGGAAAGCAAGUGUGGGUGAAUCGAUUUAUCGGUACAUGAAUUCAGCAGAGAAGUUUUCACCUGAACAUAUUCUUGAUAGUCUAAACAUAAGCUCAGAGCAUGAAGCACUUGAGUUUGCAGACAAGGUUGAGGCUUCCAUGUAUACAUGGAGAAGAAAAGCUUGUUUAUCUCACGCAAAAUCCUCAUGGGAGAUGGUCAAAGAUCUCAUUUCUGAAAUUGAUAUAACUGAUAAAAAUCAUGUUUUAGCAGAAAGGGCAGAGAGUCUGCUGUUUUCAUUGAAGCAAAGGUACCCUGAACUCUCACAAACAACACUGGACACGUGUAAGAUCCAAUGCAAUAAGGAUGUUGGGAAAUCAAUAUUGGAAAGCUAUUCAAGAGUGUUGGAGAGUUUGGCAUUCAACAUCGUGGCUUGGGUUGAAGAUGUGGUUUUUGUAGAUAAGACCAUGAAAGACCAACACAUUAGUAGAAACCUACACAUAACAGACAUUUAAUGAGGGACUUGGAAGAGUGAACGAGAUUGCCCAAACUAGCAGAUUGUCCAACAAUGAAAGAUAAAACUUAAAUGGUGAGAUCCUAUUAAGUUCUAAAAGAAGUGCUUUCAGGGACUUGGAAUCUUAGAAAUGUAUUCUUGGUAAACUUGCUACAAAAUUAGUGUCCACAAGAUCAUCGAGCAUGUAGAGCAUAGUUAAAAACCAAGUUCAUAAGUAGAUGAAAUAGAUGUAAAGAGGACAUUACACGAUAAUGCAAGGAAAAGAAGGAUUCAACACGAUGACCUUGGUGCAGUAUGGGGUUCGACCACGACAAAUGUACUCACAAGAACCGAAGCAUGCCUAACAAGCAUAAAGGCCCAAAGUUUCAUUGUAUAUGGUAGAUACAAACAUAAUAUGUAUCCAUAAUGAAAUAUGAUAAACCUUUAUACUCCCUCCGUCUCAUUGGACUUUGCCAACUUUCCCUUUUUGCUUGUUCAAAAAAUUUUGCCACUUUUCUAUUAAAGCAACUAAUUUGUGGUUCUGCACA